AUGAAAGUCAAGCACGACAAACGGCCAAAGAGGUUGCGGCCGUCUGCUAUGCUAGCCCUCUGGAUGGGCCUCUGUGCUCGGUCCGCAAUAGCAGAGCCACCCGAGGGUCGAGAUCCAGCUCCAACAACCACAACUGCGGCAACACUGACUACUUCUCUUCCUGAAAAUGCGGAUUCUACCAGCACACUUCUCAGUGCCAGUGCUACGACCGGCGCCGUCAUCACGGGAUCCAUGGCUACUGUUGUCGAGCUGGCCGAGGGAAGCUCUACUGUGACAGUUUCGGAUAUUAUCACAGAUACUGCAACCAGCACGACCUCAAAAUCGUCUACUGCCGCUCCCGCCGGCGCCCCAGCCACAACGACGCUCCCGAGAUAUGUCGACCCGUGUCCAAAAUGUCAGACGACGAAGAGUGGGGCAGGGAUACCCGAGGUAGAAAUGUGA